GUCACAGCCUGAAAACAGCGGUGAGAAAGAAGAACUGUCAAUGAAACUGAGAGGAGCUUGAACUCAAAGUUGUGCAGCACACUGAUGGAGCUGAGGGUUUGGGUGGACGGUAUAGUCCGAGUAGUGUGUGGUCUGACACUGAACACUUCCUGCCAGGAUGUCGUCGUAGCUCUAGCACAAUCAAUCGGUCAGACAGGUCGGUACAUUCUGAUCCUGAGGUUGAGAGGAACAGACCGACAGCUGGUUGCAGAUGACUGUCCUCUGAAGCUGCUGGCUCAGCUGGGGCAGCAGGCUGCAGAGGUCCAGUUCUACCUGCAGAGGACAGGUCCCAGCCUCAGUGACGGUCAAGACACACCCACUAGACUGAGAGCUCUGCCCAGACCAUCAGAACCAGAUCCUGUUAGGAGUAGGGAGCCACAAAAGGCUUUCACUUUUAAUCUGGGUCCUUCAACAAGUCCCAGGAGGACUAAAUCAAACAGGGCCUGGUCUCCGUCACCCCAAUCCUCACCGGAGCCAAGAGCUUCCCCGGUCUCUUUCCUUGAUUCCCAUAACCUUGUGAAGGCUCUGCCCUCCUCUGUCAAAGAAGAGGUUUUUAGACAGAUUCUGCAGCAACAGAGGAGGCUUCAAGACCUGGAGAUUGAGCUUCAAGCUCUGGAGAGGGAGACAGAGAUGUGGGAGCAGGAGAGGUCGUCUGCUGGUCUGGAGCUGAUCCAGGAAGGGGAGCUGGAGGAGCUGGAGCAGAUGCUGAAUCAGAACGAGACAGAGCUGAUGCACAGAGAGCUCUGGGAGAGACAGUUACAGGAGGAGAUCGACAGAGAGCAAGAAAUGCACAGACGUCUGCAUCAGAUACAGCUCUCGAUGGACGAUCACAGCUUUCAUAUCAGGGAGCUCCACGCCCGCUCUGCACAUCUGGAACAGGAUCUAAAACUUGGAGCUCACACACGGAGCUCUCAGACAGGCGUACGGCAGCAGGACAAGGCCCUGAGGAACCUGAAGCAAGAACUCCACUACCGUCUGCAGCAGGGAGAGGCGCUGGACGCAACAUUAUCAGAAACAGAGAGGGAGCUCGGAGUUGUAGAGGAACAGCUGCAGGACAGGUGGGAGAUGAUUGAGGAGCUGAAUAAGGAGCUGAGACAGUGUAACCUGCAGCAGUUCAUCCAGCAGACUGGGCCUCCCCUUGCAGACCAGACAAACUCCCUGCCCGUCACCGACGUUUACCUCAGAAAUGCAGGGAUAAUGGAGUAA